GAGCACUAUUCAUGUUUCACAUUACAGACUGAGCUAUUGAACAGUCCAUGCUCUGUGCUGUCUAGCGGCCUCACUAUUUAUUUUUAUUAUUUUUUUUAUUGUGUUUGAGAUCCACCUGGAGGAUCGGAGCACCAGUAACGGGAGAAAUAGCACGGAUUAACGGAGGGACUGUCCGCUCCUGGACUCAAACUGGAAAGCUAUGGGAGCUGCUCUGGGGGCCUUGUCAUUCACAGGCUGGGUGCCAUGCCUGUGCAGCAGUGCAACCUGCCUGAUGUGCAGCUGCUGUCCCAGCACCAGGAACUCCACAGUGACCAGGAUCAUCUACGCCUCCAUCUUGUUGCUAGGGACCAUUGUCGCCUGCAUCAUGCUGUCUCCAGGUGUUGAUCAGCAGCUCAAAAGGAUCCCAGGUUUCUGUGAAGAUGGGGCUGGCUCUUCUAUCCCCAGCCUGCAGGCUGAUGUCAACUGUGAGAUGUUUGUGGGCUACAAGGCAGUGUACCGCAUCUGCUUCGGCAUGAGUAUAUGGUUCCUGGGGUUUUCCAUUCUUAUGAUUAACAUCAAGAACAGCAGAGACCCUCGUGCUGCCAUCCACAAUGGAUUUUGGUUCUUUAAGUUUGCUGCCUUGGUGGCUAUUACAGGCGGUGCCUUUUACAUUCCAGAUGGGCCUUUCACCUACACAUGGUUUGUUGUGGGCUCUGGUGGAGCUUUCAUUUUCAUUCUGAUCCAGCUGGUGCUGCUGGUGGACUUUGCCCACUCCUGGAAUGAGUCCUGGGUGGACAAGAUGGAGACUGACAACUCCAGAUGUUGGUAUGCAGCUCUGCUGGUGGUCACAGUCCUCAACUACAUCCUGUCAUUUAUUGCCUUCGUGCUGUUCUUCGUCUUCUACACCAAGCCUGACGGAUGCUUCAUCAACAAGUUCUUCAUCAGCUUUAACAUGUUGUUGUGCAUCGUGGCCUCUGUUGUCUCCGUGCUGCAUAAAGUUCAGGAGUCUCAGACACGUUCAGGUCUUCUACAGUCCUCUAUCAUCACCCUGUACACCAUGUAUCUGACCUGGUCUGCCAUGACCAAUGAGCCUGACCAAGAAUGUAACCCCAGCCUACUGAGUAUCUUCCAGCAGAUUGCCGCCCCAACAAUGGCCCCUCUGGAGAUUGAGAACCAGACAGCUGUGGUGAUCAUAGGCACAGAGGAACCUGUCCUGACAUCCCCGUACCUGCAGUGGUGGGACGCCCAGAGCAUCGUGGGGCUCGCUAUAUUUGUCCUGUGCAUCAUCUACUCAAGCAUUCGUUCGUCCAGCACCAGCCAGGUGAACAAGCUGACCAUGGCCUCCAAAGACUCGGCCAUGCUGGCUGAGGGCGGCAGCAGCAGCUGCGACCUCUCAGAGGAGUCCACAGGAUCCAGGAGGGUGGAGGACAAUGAGCAGGACAUGGUUCAGUACAGCUACUCCUUCUUCCACUUCAUGCUCUUCCUGGCCUCACUCUACAUUAUGAUGACCCUCACCAACUGGUACAGCCCUGAUGCAGACUACACCAUAACCAGUAAGUGGCCAGCAGUGUGGGUAAAGAUCACCUCCAGCUGGGUGUGUUUGGCCCUGUACAUGUGGACCCUGGUGGCCCCCAUGAUCCUCACCAACAGGGACUUCAGCUGAUCGUCCCUGGCUUCAUCUCUGUCCUCCUCCAACUCCUCUACAGAAACUCUGACCAUGUUGCCUACAUUUUACUUUAACAAUGGAUUUGCAUUUUAUACUUAUAUAUUUCACUGGAGUCUAGUUUCCCUAUUACUUGAAGCUAAUUAGUUGGUCUGAUUGAGAGGUGCCAUAAUAGAUGCUUCUGGAACAGGUAUUUACUGUAGUGAUGUCAUGCCAGCAGCAGCAAUCAUUCAUUGGAAAUCUAAGGACAAUCACACAUUUUCUACUGAAGCACAAAAAACUACACUGUAAAAAAUGUCUGCAGAUUUUACGGUGAAAAACUGCUAAACCAUGACAGUAAAAGACCGUAAAAUGAUAAAUGAGUUAAUUCAGUUUCAGUAAUAAUGAAACACCGUAAAUGUAUAUAUCAACCAAAACAGUCUUUUUUACAGUUAGUUUAAAAAAAGAAUACAUUACUCCACUGUAAAAUACACUGGCACCGUGCAUAUACAAAUAUACUAAUAUAUUUACAUGCCAUCACUGUAAUUUUUGCAUUUAUCUUUUGUAAAAAAAUACUUUUUCUCACUGUUAAAUUUACUAAACACCAUAUCUCUGACAAAAAUAUACUGUAAUAUUUAAUAGUAAAAUUGUUUUAUUUUUUAUGGUAAAAUAUGGAAUGAAAUGACAAUCUUAAACGUGAAAUCAACAGUGCUAAUAUGAUUUUACCGUAAUAUUAGAAAAAGUUGCACCGUAUUUAUUGCGGUAAAGUUCUGGCAACCAUAGCUGCUGUUUUUUUACCGUAAAAACAACAGUUGGUUUUUUUUUUACAGUGUAUGAGCAUACACAUUCUUAUUGUUUGUGUAAAUCUAUAAUACAAGGUCCAAAAUAAAACCAAUAUCACAUUUUAAUAUCUGCCCUUAACAAUAUAAAGUAAGAACUGCUGUAACAACAACAAAUAUUAGUUACAUUAAUCAAAUACAAUUACUUUUACACUGCUUAAAAAUAUGAAUGUAAUAGAAUAUUAACAAGGGUUGGUUUGCACACAUUAUUUGCUACUAUGCCUUCCAAUGCCAUACAGUAUGUACGUAUGUUUCAGAUAUGUGAAUAUAUCUAUAAAGACUAAUGUGAAAUACAUGGGUGUAGUUAACUAUUGUUGAUACACUUGACAUAUUUCUGAAAUAUGACUCAAAGUCACGUUCCUGCCAAAUAUUUGUAGAUAUAUAGAUAAGAUAUUUAAAGCAACAGUGUCUUUGAGAUGUGACAAGUUCAGGUUGUAAAAUAAAUCUACACAGUGACAAAACGCUGCACUAAAUGUACAAAUACAAUCAAAAAUGUGCUUAAAGCUGAUAUGGGUGGUAUUUGUAAUAUUUUAUGUGCAUUGCUGUAUCACUUCAAAUACACAGUCGCACAAAAAGUUGGAAUAAAAUAUUUUUUUUACCUCUUUCCAUGAAAUGGAAAUAGAAGUGACAUUGUGAUUUAAUCUUGAAAGAUAAAGUCUAUAUCUUCUCAAAACUGAAUUAAUCAACCUUUUCCAAACAUAGCACAAUGAAAGUGAAACCACAAUUAACUGAAGAUUGUGUCUGAAAAUGAAAUUAUUUCAACUUUUGGGGCAACCGUGUAGUAUGGAAUAGCUUAUUGUUUAUUAUGCUUUUAUCUGUGUUUGUAAGACAUGUCAGGCAAUGGCAAUUGAAUGGUUUAAUAUGUUUCAGAAUAUGCUUCAAAUUAUAUUUAUAUAAUACAAACAAUAGCCAAAUGCCUUGUAAGCCAAAAAGUGUUACUGUAGUUCUACAGUUCUAUAUGAUAAAGCAGGCUGGGAGCUCUCAGUGCUACUGUGGUUUCUGUUCAGACUCAUUUUUACUCAUGUAUAUAUUCUGUUGGCUUUGACUCACAACACAGAUUCAUUGUGCAACACUCUUAACAUAAAUAAAUCAUGUUCCUCGUGUU